GCAGCUUUUGGAGCAGUCAGGAAAGACCUCGCCUGGGUGAUAUUGCUCAGUGAUUCCAUGUUUAUUUUUCUUCCUCACCCCCUCAGAGCUUCUCUCUACCGCUAUUGUGUCUCCCGAGCACGGAGUGCACAGAGCGCAGUGGGGUUCAAACGCUGCAGCAUCACCUGCAUCCCACUGGCAGGCUGGCUUUAACAGAUAUUGUCCGUACCCUCUGACUGGAAGCACCUUUACACACAAGCUCACCAGCACGGUAUUGGUGAAGUCCUCACUGAUCUGGAGACAGACAUAAACCAGGUCGAGUAGGAGCCUGGCCACCUCGAAACCAACAGAGGUUAGUCACUCUAGAGGGAGACAGAGCAGAAAACAUGAGUUCAUGCAGCACAGAUGUUAAGGAAAAUCGGAACUUGGACAACCUCUUCUCCAAAGAGGGUGUUGCAGCUGAGGCUGCUCAGCUCCCCAAUGGGAGUGCUGGGGGUGGGAGGAAACGUCCCUUAGAGGAUGGCAAUAAUGGGCAUACACAUUCCAAGUACAGGCCCAAGAAGCGUAAGAAAGUCCCUGGGCCCAUUCUGCCCAAGAAUGCCCUCAUGCAGCUGAAUGAGAUCAAGCCAGGGCUGCAGUACAAACUGCUCUCUCAGACGGGGCCAGUCCAUGCUCCUGUCUUUGUGAUGACUGUGGAGGUCAACGGGCAGCUCUUCGAGGGUUCAGGUCCUACCAAGAAGAAGGCCAAACUGAAUGCAGCAGAGAAGGCCCUGCGCUCCUUCGUCCAGUUUCCCAAUGCAUCAGAAGCCCACAUGGCCAUGGGCAGGACUCUGUCUGUUCACACGGACUUCACCUCAGACCAAGCUGACUUUCCAGACAUGCUCUUUAAUGCAUUUGAGACAUCCACCCCUAUAGAUGACUCCUUUUACCUUGCUGCCAACAGGAACGGUUCCCUCAGCUCACUUCGGAAUCGACUAUCCAUUGCUACCCUCCCCAGUCCCAAACCUGGUCCAAGCCCAUUACUUCCUGCCCCCUCGAAAUUCAUCUCACCUACAAAUGGCAAGAACCCUGUAAUGAUCCUGAAUGAGUUGCGGCCGGGUCUCAAGUAUGACUUUGUGUCAGAGAGUGGGGAAAGCCAUGCCAAGAACUUCAUCAUGUCAGUGACAGUAGACGCUCAGAACUUCCAGGGUUCAGGGCGGAACAAGAAGCUGGCCAAGGCACGGGCUGCCCAAGCUGCUCUGUCUGCUCUGUUUAACAUGCAGCUAGAUCAUGCUCCAUCACGACAACCUAUACCCAGAGAGGGGCUGCAGCUGCACCUGCCACAGGUCCUGGCAGACGCUGUCUCUCGUCUGGUCGUUGACAAGUUCAGCGAACUGACGGACAACUUCACAUCUCCACGCGCUCGGCGGAAAGUCUUGGCUGGUGUCGUCAUGACAACAGGUACAGAUGUGAAGGAGGCUGAGGUCAUCUGUGUGUCUACGGGAACCAAGUGUAUCAAUGGUGAAUACAUGAGCGACAGAGGUUUGGCCCUCAACGACUGCCAUGCUGAGAUUGUUGCUCGAAGGUCACUCAUCAGACACCUGUACUCCCAGCUGGAGCAUUUCCUCAGUAACACAGAAGAGGAGCACCAGAAAUCCAUCUUCAUCAGGUGUGAUAACAGACAAGGCUUCAGACUGAAGGAGAAUGUCCAGUUCCACUUGUACAUCAGCACUUCUCCCUGUGGGGAUGCCCGCAUCUUCUCUCCUCAUGAAGCUGGAGUGGAGGAUCAGGGAGACAGACACCCGAACAGAAAGGCCCGUGGGCAGCUCCGCACUAAAAUUGAGUCUGGUGAAGGAACCAUCCCAGUGCGCUCCAGUAACACCAUUCAGACAUGGGACGGGGUUCUUCAGGGUGAGAGGCUGCUUACCAUGUCCUGCAGUGACAAGAUUGCCAGGUGGAACGUGGUUGGUUUCCAGGGUUCUCUGAUGAGCUACUUCACUGAGCCCAUUUACUUCUCCAGCAUCAUCCUGGGCAGCUUGUACCAUGCCGAUCACCUCUCCAGAGCUAUGUACCAGAGGAUUACUGAGAUCGAGGACCUGCCGCAGCCCUUCAGUCUGAACAGACCACUGCUCAGCGGAAUAAGCAAUGCUGAGGCUCGUCAGCCAGGAAAAGCACCAAACUUCAGUGUGAACUGGACAGUGGGAGAUCAAGGGCUGGAGGUGAUCAACGCCACCACAGGGAAGGAUGAUCUAGGUCGACCCUCCAGACUCUGUAAACACGCCCUCUACAGCCGCUGGAUGCGCCUACACUGCAAGCUCUCCUCCACCCUGCGGAUCAGAACAGUGAGGCCCAGCAGCUACCAUGAAGCCAAGCAGGCAGCAGUGGAGUAUCACUCCGUCAAGCAGACCCUCUUCAGAGCCUUCCACAAAGCUGGACUGGGUGCCUGGGUGAAGAAACCAAUAGAACAGGACCAGUUUGCCCUGACUACCUGAAUCAGUACUGGCCUGGUGGUGGUGGAGGAUACUGCUAGCUUUACUUUCUCCAGUCUGUUCCCUCUGGAUUGUCAUGGACUGGACUGUGUGUUCCUGGGAGAAAAGAGGCACUGAAUCCAGAUGUCAGAAUCUAUGGAUUUAACAUUCCACCUUACUUUUUAUAGCCUCAAGCUACUCCCUCUCAACCAGCACUACAAAUUGUAUUUAAAAAAGAUAAUUAUUCAGCCAGUUAUGCAACUUUAUAAAAGGGACAAAUGUAAAAAGACGUUAAUGGGAAUGAAAACUACUAAACAGAACUGUUGUAUAGUGUUCAUUUUGCAUGUACUCUAUGAUUAGACCAAAUUCAUAGGAAGUCUCUGGUGAAAGGUUUGUUAUCCUGUUCAGUAUUGUGAUCUCAAAUGAUCAGUGUUGUGAUAAGUUCUGAAUGUCCUCCUGCAGGUUGUUAAACUGUGUUUUGUCCAAUCUGUUGCAUUUUCUUCACUGCAGAUUUGAGGUCACAAUGAUACAAUAUAUCGUUUCAAUGUGUAAUACACAGCCUCAGUGGGACAUUUAUCCACAGCCUGGCCUGCAGUACAUGUAGUGCCACAAAGGCCAUUUCAAAGGUUGGAUUUAACGACACAACCUAAAUUUGCUACUCAUUUGCUACUGGAGCCAGAAUGAACCUGGUCAAAGAAGAGGUAGCCUGAGUAGUAGCAGAGGUAGUGCAAGCAAGCAACCACACUCGCCCCAAGUGGCCGUUAGAGGAACUGUAACUUAAUUCACAACAAGGCUGGUGUUUCUUUGUUUUUCAAAUUGUCAACAAAUCCCACAAAGACCCAAAGCUAUGAUGUGUGCAACACUUUCUGUCCCUCUGUCUGUGGCUCUCAGCCCCAAACCAAGUGUUUCUACUGGAGACAUGAAUCUUUAAAAACUGCUCACACACACGUAGUUUCCGUCUUUAAGUUUUUAUCCAACAAACAGGAGGAAACAGUUCAUCUGUUGGGGACUAUUUUAAGCAGCAAACUGAUCCACAUGUGGUGCUGUAGUGACUAUUUGGGACAGCAGUGUGUGCGACUGAGUCAAACUGAACUACAGUGUGUAUUGAUGGUGAUGAAGGAACAUGUCGCUCAGUGUAAGCAGUGUGGAACACUGGUGUGUUUUUAAUAGUUUAUGGAAACAGUAGAGCUCUGUGGCUUAGAGCAACAGGAUAUAUCAGACUGUGAUACACACUCAGGACAUGUUAUGAUGUUAUGGUCUAUUUUCAUUUUGGACUUGGAGACAGUGAAAGAGUUGUUGUUUCUGUAAUGAACAGAGGAUGAGGGGAAUGAUGAGGGAGAUGCAGUCAGGCUGGCUGGAGAGAGGGAGACGGUGGAGACUAGCUGGUGGUUUGUAGGUGAGUGGCUGGGGCAGGAGAUUGUGGAGACUGGCUGAUAGUCACCGCUGGUUGGGAUGAUGUUGACAAAAAGAAAAACUAAAGAUCACUAGUCACUCUUGGCCUCUCUGCACUGUGCAAUAACAGCAAUCUUGUAUUCUCAUUCCAUGACAGACAUGGUCUUAAAAUCUUUUUUGAAGACCUGCUGUAUGUUAAAACCUGUCUCCACCCUCCCUCCUUUAAUCCUCACUGUCUUUGGUCAUUUCUUUGACAGGUGGGACACUUGCAUUUUCAGGAAUCCUGGUGCAGAUAUUUGUCAGCAUCAGUUUGAAUUGCUGUGUUCACACCUUGAACAUCUCUCCUGAAAUAUCCCUGUUGCACUAGCUUAUUCUAACCACUCUUAUGCAAUGAAACAAACAUUUCACAGCCUGUGAAUCAGUGAUAGUCUGUAUGCAGUAACUACACUAGAUCCAGAUUCCAGAAGCCAGACCCUGUUGGUGUUGGUGUCAACACUCAUUUUUAACUCAGUAGAAGCACACCAAAGAUGAUGUCAGCAUUUUUCAAACCUUUGAAAUUUCUUUCUUUUCUCUGUAGAUGUUAGUACUGUAAUCUGCCUCUACAAACCUUGUAUCUCAAACCAUUCAACUGUAUGUUGGUGCUGAUGUAUGUGUGCACCAAACAAAACACAAGUCAAAUCACCUGUGUUCUCUAUAGCUCAGAAAUGGUCUAUAUGUCAUGUCCUGAUAUCAUGUGUAUUUAACAUCAAAUGUCAUUGUUGUAAAUAUAUUUUUGCCUGUAAAUUCUAACUCAAAUAUCUCUUUAGUUUUCUAAAAUCUUUAUUUUGCCUCUUGACUUUAAUCUUCAGGCUCAUCUAACACAGGGCAUAUUUCAAUUAUUUAUUUUUAACAACAGGCUGAGUUAUUUUCUUUGCCCAUUUUCAGUGUGUAUACUUUUGUUUCUAAUUUAUUUGAUGAAAACGUGUCCAAAGUUUGAGCAUAUGCAAACCUGUUCCUGUCUAUGUUUCCACUGGAUCUGCACAUUUUUAAAAAAAAAGCUUUGUUGGUGGUUGGUGAACCUCUACAGUUCUAGAUGGGUUCAUGCACUUUGUUAUUGAUUUGCCCCAUAAAAUACAGCAAGACUACUGGGCUUAAUGCAUGAGCUCUGCCUGUAAAGCAUGAAAAAUAUAAAUAGGAAAUAUGUAGAGACUGAGUCAAGUCACUGAUUUAAUAAAAUGCUACUGCAGUCA